CUUAUCCUUCAAAUGCUUGCAUCAAAUGCAAUAAUUUUAACUUCCGAUAUUAGGUGUGUUAGAAAAACUUGAGUGUGACCUAUAUAUAACUCGAGGGAAAUGACGGGAAUGCAAGCAACAAAUGAAGAAAGGGAGCAUGCAAAUCGAUCAUUUUUUUAACCAAAACAACGGCAUUAAAUGAUUCUGUUUUGCUCUACGGUUCGUUUGAUUUUCUAUAAAGACUAGACAGCCUCUUCAGUUUUUUCUGUAAUGGCGUAUGGCUAGCCAAUAAUGAUGUGUGUGCAGAUGCCUCUAAACGGCAUGGGAAAAUUAUGGAUUGGCAAAAUUUAAACUUGGCCAUUUAAAUUAUGUAGAACAGUCCUUUAGAGUUCUAUACAAACGUUCAUACAGCAUCCCUGAAUAUAAGCAUUAAAAACCCCGUUUUUUUUCUGCGUUAAACCUGACAACCAAUUUCAGGUCGUAGAAUCCCAGAUUACACACACAAAUAUGCUUACAUUUCCAUUAUAUUAACUGACCAUUAAAGCGUUUGUGGCAAUUCCAUUUUAAGCCCGGUUAUUUUCAAGGAUGUAGGCUACUCUAAAUGUUGUGAAUUAGGUUCUCGCCAAUGGAACCCCCUUGCUGAUUAGUUUGCGUAAGACGACGGUGGGUUCCUGGUAAGGUCUAGUUCUGUGUGAAAUGAAUACACCCGAAAAACGAAAUGUAUAAAAACAAGUAUACAGCAGGAUUUGCUUGGAAAUGAUUGUGAGUGGCCACGCCUCCGCACACCGGCUAUAAAGACGGCUGCGCGUAAUAUAGUUGGUCUCAAGGAGAAACUUCUGUGGUAGGCUAGUGCACGCAGACAUCUCUGGUGAAUCUAGCCAUGUCCGUGGCAUGCGAGUCGGUUAAGGAUGACCUAUCACAAUUGCGACCCUUUGAAUGUCUUAAAUAAUAACUCUGUUGGAACGAUGCUGGAGUCCAAUGUGUCUAAAACAUUGCGCGAAAGCAAUGCCACCAAAAGUGGCAGCUGUGGAUCAGUCUCUGUCGCUUAUCCCAUUACUAUGAUGGUAACGGGGAUGGUUGGGAAUUCCCUUGCGUUGAUGUUAAUUUAUAGUUCUUAUAGGAGAAAGGAAAACAAACGAAAAAAGUCAUUUCUGCUCUGCAUUGGCUCGCUGGCGCUGACGGAUCUCUUCGGACAACUGUUAACGAGCCCUAUCGUGAUUUCAGUUUACCAGGCUGAUUUGAAGUGGGAGCGCGUUGACACAACGGGAAGUUUGUGCGCUUUCUUCGGGGUAUGCAUGACAACUUUCGGACUGUGUUCCCUCUUCCUUGCCAGUGCAAUGGCAAUCGAAAGAGCUCUGGCGAUCACUGCUCCACACUGGUAUUCCAACCACAUGAAAACUAGUAUAACCAAGCAAGCACUGGCCGUUAUCUGGUGUCUUGUCUUAUUAUUCGCCCUGCUGCCCAUUGCAGGUGUAGGACAGUACUCUCUGCAGUGGCCAGGAACAUGGUGCUUCAUCAGUACAGGAGAUAGAAACAUCUCGGGAAAUGCCUUUUUUGCGUCCACAUUUGCUGGUUUAGGUAUAUUUUCCCUUCUUGUAACUUUCCUCUGCAAUAUGGUGACAAUACGAGCGCUUGUCCUCCGCUGUAAGAUGAAAUCAAGCUCGUCUCAGUCGUCCAAGCAAUGGGAACGCCUAACCACGGAGACAGUGAUUCAGUUGCUGGGUAUCAUGUGCGUGCUCCUGGUAUGCUGGUCCCCAUUGCUGGUACUGAUGAUGAAGAUGAUUUAUACCCAGACGUCUUCGCAUUACUGCAAACCAGGCGCCGCUACCUUUGCGCCCAGCCGAGAUGUACAGAUGGACUGCAACUUCUUCCUCACCGCCAUUCGCCUGGCCUCUCUCAACCAGAUCCUGGACCCGUGGGUUUAUUUGCUACUGAGAGAAAUCUUACUGCGGAAAUUUUUCCAGGUUGCGAAUGCAGUGUCCAACUGCUCCAUUGAAGGUCACAAGGAAACUCCGACAGCAUUGGAUGCGCUCAACAAACAGACUAUUGAUACAAACACAGUGCAGAGAGAAUGAGCAGACGUCAAGGAGUACCCUGACAGAGACUUCUUGUUCUUGUUCUUCACUUUGGUGCAUUGGAGGUCAGAGUUCUUGAGGUCACUUUGGUGCCUUGGUGAGUGUGCCAGUUUAAACUUAAACAUCAAGUGGUGCUGAGAUAUGAGUCACUCAGAGAAUUUGGUACUCUGGUAUAUGAUUUGAGUGUAUAGUAUACCUGAGCAUAUAUACCAUGCUUACUGUAAUAUGCACCUACUGUGAGGAGCAACAGCAACACUGGAAAUUAGGUGAUUUUACCAGCACGUGAACACUAAGUCCUAACAUCCCUUAGAGUUGAACUGCCAUGGUCAAUAUGUCCAGAGGGAUUUCAUACAUGGUUGCUCAAUUAAAAAUCUCACUAAGCAAGAGAAAUGUAGAUGCCAAACAUGAAUAGAUUCUCACACCACUCAAGGACUUAAAUGUAUGAUGUUCAGAAGAGACUUCACGCCAAUCCCAGUCAGAUUGUAAUGCAAUUGGCAAUGCAAGGGGGCUAAGCAUCCAUACGGAUAGCUGCCUCCUCCAGCUCAACACUGCGUUGGUUGUGUCCGUUUGUCUGUACCCACUCUUUCUUCGUUUCAACCUGUUGACGUGAAUUUUCCUCUGGCUGUCCAUAACUCUAAAAAGGUUACAGAGGUGAUCAUCAUCGCCAUGAAAACAGCGGCUGCGGCUCCUGGCAGAGGCGGCUCCUAGACACAGACCCUCCUCGUUGGGAGAAUGGUGUGGUGUGAUAAGUGUUAGCGGCAUCUGGCUGCCGAGCUACUGCUUUCAUGUUAACCCCUCACACCAGCCCGACUACAGUGCAGACCUGCCAAACCCUCUGCCCCGGACCUGGGCCGGAUCUGGGCCUGAACCAACUGCUAUCUGGGAUUCCCCACUCCUGACCGAAGGGUCUCUGAGGCCAGAGGGCUGGGGUGAGGUGUUGACACGCACGCUAACCCCCCAGUACAGAAGCUAUUCUAACAACACCAGUACAGCGUCAUGUGGCUGUGUACAACCUGCCUCACUCAAACAUGGCCUUUGGAGGACAAUGAUACUAACAAUCCUGCUACUAUCAGGCUUGCAUUCAUGAGCGAUAUCUGUAUACAGACUGUUGGAAACUUUGAGUUCAUAUUUAUGAUUGAUUUGUUUUGUUUAGUUGUUUUUUUUCCUGAUAUUUCAUGAGUAGUGAAGAGCAUAUGUAAGGGAAACAAAUCCAAAAGAUUAUUUUUUAAUUUAUUGAGCCACUGUCAUUAAUUAGCAGUUAGGUUUUCUGCAGGGCUAAGGGAAAUUUCUAUUGUCGUUGAUUAUCACUGCUUUAGCUCAUUGUGUUUACUCCUCACAAGAUAAUGUUGCCACAGAAAAACAGACCAUAUCAGAAGUUCUGCUCACCAGCCUGAUUGAUCAUAACUAACUCUAAGGCACCUUUACGUACUUAAAUUAACCUGAAAUUGAAUAGGGGGUUUAACAAUGUAAGGAUUACCACUGCUGUGGUAUGCAUAUGUAAAUAUGUAAAUAUGCAUAUGUAUAUUAAACACAUAUAGCCUUUUCACUGCUGCCAAAGUUGACAUGGUUGGCGGUGCUGUUUUUUGGUUUGGGGUGGCGUGUCUCAGAUCCAUAAGAGAACCCUGAACUGCACAGUGUGAUAUUAGCUUUGGGGUGGCGUGUCUCAGAUCCAUAAGAGAACCCUGAACUGCACAGUGUGAUAUUAGCUUUGGGGUGGCGUGUCUCAGAUCCAUAAGAGAACCCUGAACUGCACAGUGUGAUAUUAGCUUUGGGGUGGCGUGUCUCAGAUCCAUAAGAGAACCCUGAACUGCACAGUGUGAUAUUAGCUUUGGGGUGGCGUGUCUCAGAUCCAUAAGAGAACCAUGAACUGCACAGUGUGAUAUUAGCUUCAAUCUAAAUCUCCAGCCAGCUGCAGUGGGUUAUAGUGACACACUUAUUAUGGUAGACUGGUGUUGAAUGGGCUUCCUGUCUGCUCCAUGUGGUCAAUGUCAUCUUUAACUGAAUGAGCACGACUAUUGGCAUCCACCCACAAACUCCACUGUGGGCAGGUUGUUCAGUCAGAGGAAUCUUUUUUAGUUGUGUGAAUGUAUUGUGUUGAAGUUGAUUCAGAACAAAGCUGCCUUAUCUCUGCCUGUCAGGCUCCCUAGUUUGGCAGGGAGGAAGGCAUGAGACUCACAUUAACUAAUCGCUCAUGCAGGUUUUUAUUUGUACAUUUGAAAUGGAAAAGACGGCAGUGUGGCGCGUCGACAUCAUUAGCAAUUGAGAUGGUUAAUAGGGUGGGUCUUUAAUUAGUCAUCCAGUUAGUUUAUGAAGGAACAUUUCCACAAUAAUCAAGGUAUUCUGCAGGUUUUAUUAAUGCACUUCUGCCACAAUUUGUUAUUAGUAGCAAUUCUCCUAGUACAAGACCUUGCGUUGAGUAUAAUGACUUAUAAAUGGCUUUAAUGGUUCGAUGGUUUAGAUUUACAUAUUGCAAUCCUGGAAUUUAUGAUAGAAAUCAAGAAAACAUCACCAGUUGGUUUAUGAUGCUCUUGGGCCUCAUUUUGGCUGAGCUAAUUAUAACAGACAAACAUAUGUUGGCUGUUAAAAAGGGAAGAGGAAGUCAUCCCAUUGUGGACAUACAGCAUCCUGUAAAGAUUUCCGCAUGAUUGAGAUGCCAGAAUUGGUAGUACUGUCUUCAGCACUUACUGUUUUCAACAACUUACUGUUGUUUCUUCUGAUGAGGCAUGAGGUAAAGGGAUCCCAAUGAGCCAGAUAACUUCGUCCAUCAGGCUCAUCACCGUGUGUGUGUGUGUGUGUGUGUGUGUCUGUGUGUUGGCGACCUCAGCGCGUGUCUCUAAUUGCAUGACAGGGGUUGGGAAAGGCUGUGAUUACAUCAUCCCACAUAGCUAAUGGAAGAGGCCUGGAACACCAGACCAGACCAGGCCAGACCAGGCCAGGCCAGAUCAGGCGGUUCAGAACCAGAUUGCUGUCAGGGCAUCCAUGCAGAGAGAGAGCCGCACAGCAGGUUUCCGUAAUCAUCAGCCAAGACUGUGACUCACAGACAAAACACAAGGCAGAAGAUAGCACCAUGUUCCUGUCGCAGAAGAGACAAGUUUUUCAAGUUUUUGUUUUUCAUGGGUUGCAUAAUAAUUUGUUUAUAUUUUUUAAAAAGAAAGAAAAAAGGUAAUAUCUUCUGUUCACAAUUCUAUUUAUUUGAUUUGUAUCCUCAUUUGAAAGGCACAACACUCUGCUAUGAAAUAACUUGGCAUGAUUGUAUUCUAAUUUAUUGUAAUAUUGUAUAAAAGUAUGUAUUAAGUCUACAUGCACUUAUGGAACUGGUCAGUAUGGUGUUCGGUACCUGGGGUCCACUGACCUUUACUCAGUGAGAAGUGAAGUAAAAUAUUUCAGUGGAAAUAAGGAGAUGCUGAUCUCUUGGCCUUUAUCUCUUGACAUGCUACAUGCCAGGGCUCUUUUAUAACGUCCUCCGAGAUGCUGUUUGAAUGCUUGUCAGUCAGUCGGGCAGAGUAUCAGGUUUGCUGAGAAAGACAGAGGUGCGGGGGUCAUGGGGGUUUGGGUGUGCAUGCAACAAGGACUGAUAAAGCUCGCAUGUGAUUCAACCAGCAUACUUUGUCAUACAUUUUAUUUAUCUUGUGAAUGUCUUUGACAGAUGACUAUCGUGAAGAAGUCAGUCACUCGUGUGGAAUACUUCAGGGCCUUGCUUUUUGAAUGUUGAGAGAAGUCGCUAUUGUGGCAAAAACAAAACCUUACCACGAGAUGUAUGUUACUUUUCAUGUUUCAUUAAACAGUUAUUAAAUGAUACUGCUCUCGUACUGUGAAAAAUGUGUCAUUACAUCUUUGCAAAUGUCUGUGCUUGCCAAAGCCAUUUUGUCCUGGUCUUUGUGGUAGUGCUGUUUUGUUCGCCAAAGCAGGUUUAUUGUCUAAUGUAAUGACAAAAUGUUCUGUUACGGAUUUAAUUUGAUGAACCUGCUAGAAAUUGAUUUUGUUUCACAUUUUAUGACGUAGAGAGAGGAUUUGGGGGGGGAAACCUCUGCUGACAAUACACAACCAUGCAGCACACCAAGUGUGUACUUUCUCGUUGAAGUACAAUGUUAAUCGUUGUGUCGUACCAUAUAUGUCCUGUGAUCUUUGCCAGCUAAUAAAAAGGGAAUGAAGUGAUA